CGUCAUCCCACCCGACAAUCCGGACGUUUUAAUCAUCAUUUCCAUUUGCUUUGCAGAUCGGCGCUGCAUUCCUUCGCAUGAUUCUUUUUCCUUCUCACACACAGAUUCUCGUGUGUUUAUCCCUGCCUUUCUAUUCCCCAUCACCCUCUUUUGUCCCCUCAUUCCCUCAAUUUCGCCACGUCGAUCUUUAAAAUCUCCAACAUGCGUCGCCCUCACGUCAAGAAGCAAAAGACCUCCCAUGAGAAUGGCGAUACCCCUCUUCACACCGCAAAACCCACGGCUGUCUUUACACCCAAGGGAGGACGCACCCACACCCUGAGUAUCGCUCUCCCUGGGAGUAUUGUCGCCAAUGCCCACUCCCCCGAACAAAAAACCCUUCUGGCCGGCACCAUCGCCCGCGCCUUGGCCGUCUUCUGCGUCGAUGAAGUCGUCAUCUUUGACGACGAUGAGGGCGCCCUCCGUCGGAACCGCAACCACCCCGACCACGAAGACUACGACCCCAUCGCCAAGACCAGCGAUGAACUAAACGCUCCGGGCAAGGGAUACACGGCCUACUCUGAUCCCUCCCACUUCCUGGCCCAUCUCCUCUCUUACCUCGAGACCCCGCCGUAUCUGCGCAAACACCUCUUCCCCAUGCAUCCCAACCUGCGCACAGCCGGCCUGCUGCCCAGCCUCGACAUGCCCCAUCAUCUGCGCGCCAACGAGUGGUGCGACUACCGCGAGGGCAUCGUCGUCGGGGAACCCCAGCAGCAGAAUCACUACCACCCAUACGGCCAGUACCAGUAUCCCCGGCAACGCCGCCGCUCCGACCAGUCCAUCCAGUCUGACGACUCCAACACCACCGUCGUCGACACCGGUCUGUCGGAGAAGGUCGUCGUGCCAAAUGUCCAGCUGCCCGAGCACGCUCGCGUCACUGUGCGCUUCACGCAGCCGGGCGCUCCCCUCGCUGAGCCCGUCGACCCGUCGACCCCCCGCGCCGAAGCCGGCUACUAUUGGGGGUACUACGUGCGGCGCUGUCGCUCUCUCUCCUCCGUGUUCACCGAGUGUCCCUUCAACGGCGGCUACGACCUCUCCUUCGGGACGUCGGAGCGCGGCGCUCCCGUCGCUGCAGUGCUUGAGGACGACGAGGGCGACCCGCGCGAGCGUCCCCCAGACUUUGGCCACAUGCUCAUGGUCUUCGGCGGCGUGGCCGGCAUUGAGAACGCCGUGCGCAACGACCCCCAGCUGCGCGACAUGGCCGUGCGUCCGUCGGAGGCCGGCAAGCUCUUCGAUUACUACGUUAACCUGCUGCCGGGCCAGGGCAGUCGCACCAUCCGCACUGAGGAGGCUGUCUGGUUGGGCCUGGCGAGUUUGCGGGGGGUGGCUGAUGGGACUCAGCGGCCGAAGGAGUCGUAUCGGUAUAAUGGGGCGUGAUUUCUUUCUUUCUUUCUUUUUUUUUUUUAAAAAAAAAAAAAGUGUUGCACGUUCCAGGCGUCCAUGGAGCAUGCAUACUGGCGUGGCGUUCGAUCGGUUAUAGAUCAAUUAACGUAUAUCAUUACU